GCAACGACGAGCACCCGAACCACGACGACGAAGUGUCGUCCUUUCCUUAGCCCAGGAAGUUGAGAGAGCGCUGCAACUUUACUUCUCGUGCAACGCGCGUCGGCGAUCUUCAGGAGAGGCAUAGGAAAUAGUCGCGCGUACGAUAAUGGCCAACAAGAAGAACAAGGCUAAGAAGAAGGCCGCCGCUGCCGCCAACGGUAAUGGCUCGGCAAACGGUGAUGGCCCCUCCGAAUCAGGGCCGAGCACGCCUCCCCCUCAGUCCCCUUCCUCUCCUCCCGAAGAGAUGGAGCCCGCCCCGUCCGAGGACAAGGUCGCGCAGGCCGAGAAAAUCAAGGAGCAGGGAAAUGCGGCGUUCAAGAACAAACAGUACAAGGAGGCCAUCGACCUGUACUCAAAGGCGAUCGAGCUCAACCCCUCGGAGCCGGCAUACUUGACCAAUCGUGCCGCCUCAUAUAUCGCGCUUAAGCGCUUCCGCCCUGCGCUCGCCGACUGCCAGGCCGCAAUGAACAUCCAGAAGCCCCCACCCGUGAAGACACUGCUGCGGCUAGCACGCUGCCAGGCCGCGCUCGGCGACAGUGGCCCGGCCAUGUCGACGAUCCGCGCCGCGCUGUCGGAGGAGCCCACGAACGCGCAGGCGCAGCAGCUGCAGACGAAGAUCGAGGAGCUCGAGGGCCAUCUGGAGAAGUUCGAGCGGGCGCGUAAGCAGUGUGACUGGGGGAUGGCACGAUUAGCGCUGGACAAGUGCUUGCAGAGCAUCGAGGCCGAUCCGGCGGAGGUGCCGAUAGAAUGGCGGCUCUGGCGGGUGGAGCUCGAGCUCGCGAGGGCGAACUGGGACGGGGCGAACGUGGCAGCGAACGAUGCGCUCCGGCAGCAUUCUUCGUCACCAGAUGCGCUCACUGCGCGUGGUCUCGUGCUGUUCCUAUGCGGCAAGCUCCCGCAAGCCGUACAACACGUCCAGCAGGCCUUGCGGUUAGAUCCUGGGCACGUUAACGCACAAAAGUUGCGAAAGCGUGUCAAGGAGGUCGAGCGGCUCAAGGAGGAGGGCAACACCUUCUUCAAGACCGGGAAGUUCGAGGAGGCGAUCGACAAGUAUACUGAGGCUCUUGAUGUGAUCGGCGAGGUUGAGACGGAAGGCAAGGGCGGCCAGAUACGAUCGACCCUCUUGUCGAACAGAGCAACAACGCUUGUCAAGCUCUCGAGACACCAGGAAGCCCUCGAGGACACCGACAACGCGCUCCGCCUCGUGCCCACAUCGUACAAAGCCCUGCGAACACGCGCGCGCAUCAACCUCGUGCUGGAGAACUACGACGGCGCCGUGCAGGACUUCAAGUCCGCCAUCCACGAGGCGAGCGCGGAGGGCUCGACGUCGGAGGCUGAGAUCCGGACGCUGAAGACGGAGCUGAAGCAGGCGGAGCUGGACCUGAAGCGCAGCAAGACGAAGGACUACUACAAGAUCCUCGGCGUGUCGCGCGACUGCUCGAGCGCGGAGAUCAAGAAGGCGUACCGCAAGCAGAGUCUGAUGCACCAUCCGGACAAGGGCGGCGACGAAGAGAAGUUCAAGCUCGUCGUCGAGGCGCACGCCGUGCUCUCCGACCCCGCGAAGCGCGAGCGCUACGACCAGGGCGACGACGAUGACUCGGGCAUGGGCGACGCCGGCUUCGGCGGCAUGAACGACGUCAACCUCGCCGAGCUCUUCGCGCAGUUCCACGGCGCGCGCGGAGGCGGGUUCGGCAGCGCUGGUGGCUUCGGUGGUGGAGGCUUUGGUGGCGGCGGCGGGUUUGGCGGAGCGGGCUUUGGGGGCCAGGGCUUCGGCGGCGCAGGGAGCAGGCGGAGCUACUCGCAAGGGUUCCCCUUUUGAGCGCAUCCUUCGUGUGCGCUCCUGCUGCGUGUACGCGUAUGCCUCUGCUCCGUGUACGUGUACUCGUGCACGCUGCUCUUGUAGUCCGCCUGCCGACAGCGCCAGGCUCCUUGCUUUGUACCAGACAUGCUGUCCUGGGCUCGGUGUAUGUUUACCUGUACAACAUUCCGAUGUCCCGCCUGCUGUCCGUGCUACUCAUAGUUUAUCUACCGUCGACGCGCUCUGUACACUGCUACAACUCAUCUUAAUGUAUCAUUUUUUCAAUCUU